CGGACCGCAGAGCGAGUCGGGAAAUGAUUUUAAACCGAGAAGGCGGCUGAAGGCUUGGUUGCCGCUUCUCAAAGGCGGGGUUUCAAAGCUAGCUGGGCUCCUGAAGGGCUCAGGUGGAGAGAGGGGACUUUACUGUCGAUCCACACUUUUGGAACCAGAUUUGAAGAAUGAUUCGUGAAGCCGGAAUGGGUGACAGCGUCAUCACAGCAUUUCAUUGACCAUGGAUCCUUAUGAUACACCAGAAUCGUCUCCGAGGCACGGUGCAUCCUCAAGGCUUAAAGAUUAUUUUAUAGGUGCCACCCCUUUGCGGAAACGAUUAGAAUCAGUCAGGAAGCAGGCUUCAUUUGUCCCGACUCCACCUCGAAGGAAAAUUCCUCAGUGUUCACAAUUACAGGAAGAUAAUGAUCCUCAAAAGUUUGCGUUUCUUCUGCAUAAACAAUGGACUUUAUAUAGUUUAACUCCCCUAUAUAAAUUCUCCUAUACUAAUCUCAAAGAGUAUUCUAGACUUCUGAGUGCAUUUAUUGCUGCUGAAAAGCAAAAAGGGCUUGCUGUUGAAGUGGGAGAAGACUUCAACAUCAAAGUGACUUUCUCCACUCUCCUAGGAAUGAAAGGAACACAAAGAGACCCUGAAGCAUUUCUUGUCCAGAUUCUGUCAAAAUCUCAAUUACCAUCAGAGAACAGAGGACAAAAAGUGUUGUGGACUGGUUGGUUCUGCUGUGUAUUUGGAGACAGUCUUCUGGAGACUGUUCCAGAAGAUUUCACCUGUGUACCUUUAUUUCUUGCAAAUGGAGCAGAGACGAAUACAGCCAUAGUUGGAACCUGGUUUCAGGAAACUUUUGAUUGUCAUUUCAGUUCCUUAGCAAUCAAUGCGUUUAAUCUUUCCUGGAUGGCUGCUAUGUGGACUGCAUGCAAAAUGGACCAAUAUAUGGCUACUACUGAAUUUCUUUGGUCUGUACCGUGUAGCCCUCAAAGUCUGGACAUUUCUUAUGCCAUACAUCCAGAGGAUGCAAAAGCUUUGUGGGACAGCGUCCACAAAACACCCGGGGAAGUUACUCAGGAGGAAGUUGACUUAUUCAUGGACUGCCUUUAUUCACACUUCCAUAGGCAUUUCAAAAUUCAUUUAUCAGCCACAAGAUUGGUCCGUGUUUCAACAUCUGUAGCUUCAGCACAUACUGAUGGAAAAAUAAAGAUUCUGUGUCAUAAAUACCUCAUUGGAGUCUUGGCAUAUUUGACAGAACUGGCAAUUUUUCAAAUUGAUUGAGUGAAUUCCUUAGAAUUUUCUGUAUACAAGAUUCAUGUUGUUUGUGAAUAAAGACAGUUUUACUUAAUCUCAA